CCAUCCACAAGCAGCGCGCAGCCCAUCAACCUGAUCUGAAGAUCGAAAAUAGGAGGGCUUACAGUAAUCAGCCCUUCAGACUCCCAUGACAAGGAAAAGUGUGGCCACGUCGUGAGGGCGCUCGGCACACACAGCAGGACGUUCACUGGCGCUGCGCGCUCUGCGCCGAACCAACCAGAUAGCGCGCAGAGAGACGGAGAGAAACGAGGACGGUGGCAGCAUCCCGUGACGGAUGCAUUUUUUAGCCUCAUUCGGACGCUUUGGAGGCUGACAACAGCAAGAGGCAGAGAGAAGCUGGACGGGAAAUAACGAGCGCUUUCUUUUUUGGAGGGAUUUGAACAGAGUGCCGUUGUGCCCUCGUCUUCUCCGGAUGCUUAGAAAUGGGGGAAUGGACUAUACUAGAGAGGCUCCUGGAGGCUGCUGUCCAGCAGCACUCUACUAUGAUAGGAAGGAUCCUACUAACAGUGGUGGUCAUCUUCCGGAUUCUAAUCGUAGCAAUAGUUGGAGAGACCGUCUAUGAUGACGAGCAGACCAUGUUUGUUUGUAACACCUUGCAACCGGGCUGCAACCAGGCAUGCUACGACAAGGCGUUCCCCAUUUCACACAUCAGAUAUUGGGUCUUUCAGAUCAUCAUGGUGUGCACGCCGAGCCUCUGCUUCAUCACAUACUCGGUGCACCAGUCGGCCAAGCAGAAGGAGCGGCGCUACUCCACGGUCUACCUGACGCUGGAUAAGGAUCAAGACUCGCUGAAGCGAGACGAGAGCAAAAAGAUAAAGAACACCAUUGUUAACGGAGUACUCCAGAACACGGAGAACUCCACCAAAGAAGCCGAGCCGGACUGCUUGGAGGUCAAGGAGAUCCCUAAUUCGGCCAUGAGAACUACAAAGUCUAAACUGCGGCGGCAGGAGGGCAUCUCCCGGUUUUACAUCAUCCAGGUGGUGUUCAGGAACGCGCUGGAGAUUGGCUUUUUGGUGGGCCAGUAUUUCUUGUACGGAUUCAACGUGCCCUCGGUGUACGAGUGCGACCGCUACCCCUGCAUCAAAGACGUCGAGUGCUACGUGUCCAGGCCAACGGAGAAGACCGUGUUCCUGGUCUUCAUGUUCGCGGUCAGCGGCUUUUGCGUGGUGCUCAACCUGGCCGAGCUCAAUCACCUGGGCUGGAGGAAAAUCAAAACGGCCGUGCGCGGCGUGCAGGCGCGGAGGAAGUCCAUCUAUGAGAUCCGGAACAAGGACUUGCCCAGGAUGAGUGUGCCCAAUUUCGGCCGCACUCAGUCCAGUGACUCUGCGUAUGUGUGAGGAUGAGGAGGGUGAGGAUGAGGGGGGUAUGAUAACAUGUACAAACAAACAUAUGAUGGACAUAUGAUGGACAGCUGCGCACGCCUAAUUCGUGUCAUGACUUUUCAAAGAGUGGGCAGAUGGUUGGUUUUCUUUCUUUUGGUCUUUUAAAGGACUUCAUGGCAGGCGUGGAUGACACGUUUGUUCCCUUAUUUAUUAUUGCACUGAUGCAACUUUUUAGUAACGUUUAUACUCUGUGUAAGAUGCGAAAUUGGAGAUCAUCCAUGUUAAACGUGUACACGUAUUUAGUUCCUUGUGGGCUGUUCUGCUUGUGUGGGCUACUUGAAGAGAGUAAAUGCAAAAAUUGCACUAAAAAGUUGGGGGUGAACCCUUGAGAGCCUGAACCUUAUCCAAAAAUGUGCUCUACUGACCUGACGGUGUUUGUAAGACAUUUACUUUUCCACCUGUUUUUGGCACCAACCUAAUUAAAUGGCACCAUACACAGUGGUUAAGGACAAACUCCACCACAUCCAGAUUUAUAUGUGCACACAUAUAUAAAUCCUUGGUUCGACCAGCGUAAUUCAUGUUUUCUUUUCUGUUGCCUGUGUUGCACCACUGACCUUAACAUAUGUAACCAUUCCAUUGCUUUAUAGCUGACUUGCAAAACAGUAUCUUGGUGAAUUUGCUGCAAAUGCUAACGUCUGUGACUUCCUUAAUUUAUGACACACCAAAGCGCCCACUGCUUUUAUUUGUGAAGUGUUUUCUUGCUUUUGUGUAAUCAAGUGCCAU